UCGGUCGUGCGGUCGGGAUCAAUAUACGUUUCUAAGUAAUUGAACUGUUGUUAAACCUGUGAGAUUGAAUUAGAAGUUUGUCGAAACAAGUUCAAUUGAUCGUGACAGUACUCAUCAAGUAGAAAGAAAUGGCAGUGUAUUUGAUGCCGAAGACUCGAUUAUUAUCGAAAGCGGUCAAUUUCAAACCACUCCCCAACAAAUGGUCGACAAAAUGGACGGUAGUUAGGCGGUCGAUCUCAAGCGGCAAGCAUCAGGAGCAGAGUUCGACUCAGCAACAUUCUAGCCACCAGCAGCAGCAGCAGCAGCAACAACAACAGCAACAGCAGCAGCAAGGUCGCCAAUCUACAGGUAAAUUUUACAAAAUUCAGAGAAAAUGGAGUUGGAAGGCAGGAGCGGGUUGGACUAUAUUAUCCGUUUUGGAUUGGUGGUUACUAGCUGCCGGCGGCUGGUUAACAUGGCGGGGCGUCUUUCUUCGUUGGACCCCGAUCGGCAUCUGCAUGAUCGCCGCAGCACAAUGGCACCUUCAUAAUCGUGAACUCGAUAGGAAGGGCCUCCCACGAACGGCAGCUUCAUGGCAGAUGAACGUGUAUUGUUCCCUGCCAUUGAGGUUGAUGAGCAGAUGCUGGGGUUGGUUGGCAGACUGUCGCGUGCCGACGCCCGCCAGGCCCCUCGUCUAUGGUCUGUACUCAACGGCAUUCGGUGUGAACAUCGAGGAAGCUGCGUCGUCCGAUUUCAAAAAUUACCGUAGUCUUGCAGCAUUUUUCACACGAUCUCUGAAGGAUGAUGUGCGCUAUGUCGAUCCGAAAAGUUGCAUUGUUUCUCCAUGCGACGGGCGGGUACUGCAUUUUGGUACCGCCAGCAAUUGCCAAAUCGAGCAGGUUAAGGGUGUCUCGUACAGCCUGGAAGACUUUCUCGGACCACCCACCUGGAGUGAUAAGACCGAUUGCCCUACUAUCACCGAGAAGAUCAAGAAAAAAUCGCCCGACAACGUACUGUAUCAGUGCAUAAUCUAUUUGGCACCGGGUGACUAUCAUCGCUUCCAUUCGCCGGCUGCGUGGAAACCGGAAAUCAGGCGACACUUCUCGGGCGAGCUGCUAUCAGUAAGUCCAAAAGUCGCCAAAUGGAUGCCAGGACUGUUUUGCCUGAAUGAACGUGCCCUCUACAUUGGCAAAUGGAUGCACGGAUUCUUUAGCUUUACCGCAGUAGGUGCCACCAAUGUUGGAUCGGUUCAAAUCUACAUGGACGAAAAAUUGAAGACAAAUCAAUGGGUUGGCCUGGAAGUUGGAACGCACCGGUGCAAGCAAUACGACGAGCUUGUCCUACCGAAUGAAGCGUUCCUGAACAAGGGAGAACUGCUGGGUCAGUUCAACAUGGGCAGUACGGUUGUGCUAAUCUUUGAAGCUCCACGGGAUUUCAAAUUUAACCUCCAACCGGGUCAAGUGGUACGUAUGGGCCAGCGCGUGGGAUGCGUUGGUGGCAGCGACGAACAGGUCGAAGAUCUGAACAAAACUAAGAAACUGAUUGAAUCCAUUUGAUUGGAACCAUAUCUGCUGGCCAGCCUUUUCGCUGGAAAAUAGUAUGUAUGGAAAUCUUGAUUUUUCGCUUGGAAUGGUUUAUGCCACGAAUCCGUACCUUACAAAUGUAUUUGAACGAUACUACGACUGCGUGAUGAAAUUAUACACUACAGUGACUAUUCCCAGCCUUAUAGCGAUAUAAUUGCUCAGUUUGACGGUCACGAGGGUUUAUGUGAUAUUAAGCAAUCGCGAUCGUGCAAUAGUUUACCAAAACGUGAACAUCACACACUCACAUCCAGAAAGCAGCCGAAAUCAUUGCAUGCGUAGUACAUAUUGUACAUGUAUUCGUUGAAAUAAAUAGGAUUACAACAGAAAUGAUAGGACUUUUCUAGGACGAUUGAGUGCCAUCUUUCCCUCGAGUUGUGUGCAAAAGUUUCAGAUUUUGUUUGUUCACCAAAUUAGUUUAAGUUAUAAAAGAAACCAUCAGUACUGGUUGAAUACGUAUUCUAGUUAACUUGAAAAUUAUGAAUGUUUGAGAUGUUUUGUAAAUAAAACAUAAUUUUUAAGC